UAAACAAGCCGCAUCUGAAGCGAUCCAAAGCCCUUUCUAGAUCCACAAUGGCAGCGCACGUGGAUGUCAAGCGGGUUGUGGAGUCCAUAAAGGCACUCCGGACCGUGGAGCGCAAGCAUCUGACCAAAAAGUCUGUUAAAAACAUUCUGGACGAGGACACAACUCUGGAGCAUGACGUCUACCUCCAGUUCACCCUGAAGAAGAUUCCCUACAACAAAAGUACGGAGUGGAUCAAAAUAAAUCUGCCACACAGCCUGACGACUGACAAGUCUGAAAUCUGCCUCUUCACCGGUGACCUCGACAAAAAGGACAGGCGAGCCGACAGCGAGCUCACGGUCGAUCACUACAAGGAACUCCUGGCCGAUGCUGGCGUCACUAGGAACAUUGAAAUCAUACCACUGCGGCAGCUGAGGACAGAGUACACUCCGUAUGAGAGCAAGCGCAACCUCUGCGCAGGCUACGAUGUCUUCCUCGGUGACAGCAAGAUCCUGCCCCUGUUGCAUCGCCUGCUUGGAAAGACGUUCUUUGCCAAAAACAAGCUACCAAGGCGCAUCGACCUGUCCUCAAAGCACCUCCGGCGCGACAUCGAGGCGGUGUUGUCCUCCACAGAGCUUCCACUUAGGGGAGAGGGAACAGCGAGCACGGUGAAGGUGUGCAACCUGGCAAUGAGUGACGCCGACGCGGCCGAGAAUGUGAUGGCCGCCUGCGAGGCGCUGGCCUGCCGCCUGCCUGGAGGCUGGCCCAACGUGCUCUCACUGCACAUCAAGACCCAGAAGUCGCCUAGUGUACCCCUCUACAUGUCAUUCGGUUCGCGCAAUGAAAUUCGCCUGCCCAAGCCACGAGAGCCGGAUGACGACGUCGAGGGAGACCUGACGACCAUCCCGGGAGCCCGCGUCACGGUCAAGCGUUCGGGCCAGGUAACACUUCACAAGGGGGCCAAGGAUCUCACGGACGAGACGCUCGGUGACAGGAGGCUCAGGCGCUUGCUCGAGAUCCAAGAAAAGAGUGCCGAGGAGACCACGCGCAAGUUCGACAAAAAGGCCAGGUGCCGCAAACUGCUCAUCCAGAGCACCUUGCGGAACAAGAAGUCGCGCAAGAACCGGCUCAGGGCUUCCAAACUUCCAGCGCCCCAAAAGAAGAAGACCACAAAGACCAAGAAACGAGUCACGAAACCGAAAAAGAAGGUUGCCAAGCAGAAGUGAUUGAGCAAUAAAGAUAU